UGAUUGGGCGCGAUGUCCACUGCUUCCAAACACAUUACUAACACCCAAACCAUGAACUUCAGGCCCGUUUAUGCUUUACUAUUUUGCUGUUGUGAUUUUGCUGAAUCGACCUUUCAUUGUCAGUGGACAAAACGAACAUGACAAUGAAGCGGCAAGACGAUGCACCGAAGCUGCUAAAUCCAUUGUGGAUGUCGCUCGGGUGGUUCGCAUUGACGACUUGAUGCAUUUUGGACAUACAGCUGCCUUGACAGUUAUGCAAGCGGCCUUCAUUCACCUUUAUAACGCUGCCAAAACAACCCCCAAAAUAUCAGCAGAUGCUCGUAAAUACCUCACCACAUCGCAAAAGAUCUUUGCCAGCGUAUGCUCUCGGUGGCCUGACGCUCCUCCGAUUAUGAGCUUGAUUGGCAAAUUGCAAGAUUCUAUCGAUAAGAUCCAUGGCAAGAAGGAACCUGAAGAGACCAAAAAGGUGUCGGUAUCUGAAGAACGGCCACCGGUUGUUCCUGAACAGCCGCAGACCCCCCAAAUGAGCGUAGAGGAAACCUUGUUUGCCAACUGGCCAAUUGAGCAGUUUGUGGCCAGUUUAUCAGAUGCACCGCCUAUCUCUUACGAUAAAAUGCAGCCUGAAACGGAAGCCAAACAACCACCAAAAUCCAGCAACAUCCCGUUCUGGGGAGCUCCUAGUGGGUACGACUGGCAAGAAUGGGGCAACUUUUUGGUAGAAGGAGGAAUUAUCACCGGAACCAACGAAUCCAUUAUAUAAACCAAAUGCCGUUGUACUCAGCUUACCAGCCCGCUCGCUCAGCUAAGCAAAGCAUAGCUGGGAAAUGACGGUUUAAUUUAGUAAAUGCCAGUAACC